UCGACGUUUCGUUUUUUCUUUUUAUAUAUUUUUUUCCUAAAGAAAAAGGCAGUUUCUUUUUUCCCCUCGUUCAAUUCCAUGUUAGGGUUUGCUUCAUGAAAUUGCUAUGUUUUGGAUUUUGGAAAGGAAACGAUCGAGCUAAGAGAGAGAGCACAAGUAUCCUUUUCUAGACCCUUGAAGUAAAGGCAAACAGAAAUGGAGGACACUGUCAUGAGUUCAACAACGCUACCCAAAACAACGCAAGAGCUUGCAAUAGAAGGGCAGAAGCAUCUGGAAGAAACCAUCCAAGCUGCUUACCAGAUUCUCUCUUCCAUGAACGAUGAACUCUGUAACCCGACUUUGUGGUCCACCAGUUCCACAGCUUUUUCUUCUACUACUAGUACCACCACCGCUUCACCUAUUAGUGCGGCUAAUAAUUUACCUACGUCUCUCUCCCAAAAUAGUGUGGUAGCCAAUGGCGAAGCUGCUUCUGAUGGUGUUCAUCACUUGGAUGGCGGUGCUGCAGCUGGUGGCGGUGCUGGUACGGGUAAUGGAGCGCUCGAUGAGGCUCGGUUUCGGUACAAGAAUUCCGUCGCUGCUCUUCGUGAGGUCCUCGCGGCGAUUCCCAAUUCUCAGAAGGCAAAAGCUUUUGAAACUGGUUCAACCACCAACAGUUCAUCUCCUGCAAAUCAAUCUGAGAUUGAGAAAUUAGAAGAGCAAGCUUCCAAUCUGAGAAAGGAACUUGUAAACAAGAAUGUCUAUCUCAAGCUUCUCAUUGAUCAAUUACGAGAUCUUAUCACUGACAUAUCUAUGUGGCAAAGUCCUUGCUCUGUCUAAUGUUCAUAGGUUGUCAUGAAAAGAGAUGCUUGAGAAAUGGUGCUGGAAUUGAGAUAUCUACAUGAGGUGAUCUUGUCUCGACAUUGCUUUAUUUGUUAAAUUAUUCGAGUGGUAGGGAGAUGACUCUGAUUUUAGAGGGAAAAAUAGCAAUUCUGAAGGAGAAGUUUUACAGGAGAACAUGUGAAGAAUUUCAUAGAUCAUGAUAUGUUCACUGUUGUAAAGCCUCUAUUGAAAUAAAUUUAGGCGUAAUAAACUUGAUUAUAGCAGUGUUAAAUAAGUUGUUUAAGACAAGUGUCAAUAUGUUUUAUUGAAAUAGCAAGUGAUACGGUUGAGUCGCUUCGCUCAGAAGUCUAUUCUGUUGCUGUAUAGGUAUAUCAAUAUAUACAAAUUGUGGUGGUGGCACAAAA